CCCAGUGCAAGCAUACCCACCCUUCUGCUCCUGUUCGAUCAUUCUUCUCACUCUCCCACUGCAAACAAGAUACCAGCAAGAAGUCGAGGAGUCGCCAAAAUGCAGACUAAACAUUUCAUCAAUGAUCCCACGCACUUGGUGCAGACUUCUCUCGCCAGUCUAACCCUUACCAACCCCUCCCUUGCCUUCGACUCUCUGAAUAAGGUCAUAUAUCGAAGACCCACCAAGGAAUCACAGGAGAAUCCCAAGGUCUCGAUCAUAACAGGAGGUGGUAGCGGCCAUGAACCGGCAUUCGCAGCGUUCUGUGGCAAGGGCUUUGUCACCGCUGGAGUCGCCGGGACAAUUUUCGCUUCACCAAACACCCUUCAAGUACAGAGAGCGAUCAUGUCGAGAGUGGAGACCAGGAAGGGCGUUCUGGUCAUCACCUUUAACUAUACCGGAGAUGUUCUGAACUUUGGUCUGGCGGCCGAAAAAGCCAAAGCUGCUGGAAUCGACACCGAGUUCUAUGCCAUUGGCGAUGAUGUCGGGGUUGGCCGGGAAAAGGGAGGAAAGGUCGGCAGGCGUGGUAUUGGAGGUUCCAUUCUUGUGCUGAAGAUCAUCUGUGCGCUUGCAGAAGCCGGUGGCAGCCUGAAAGAAGUGUACAACCUUGCCAAACAGGUGGCUGACAACCUGGUAUCUGUUGGUUCUUCUAUGGAACAUGUCCAUGUCCCUGGAAGAGAGAUUCCUGCGGCAGAUUCAGAGGAAAUGGUCCCGAACGAUGAGAUUGAAGUCGGCAUGGGUAUUCACAACGAACCCGGUUCUCGUCGUGUUACUGCCACCCUCCCCGAACUCGUCAAGAUUAUGCUUGCUCAAAUGCUCGAUCCAAACGACAAAGACAGACACUUCGCCCAUAUCACCAAAGAUGACAAGGUCGUCCUUCUGAUCAACAACCUUGGCGGCGUUAGCAACCUAGAAAUGGGAGGCAUUGUCGCUGAGGUGUAUAAACAAUUGAAGGAAGAUUGGGGCAUCACACCCGUCCGAGCCAUCUCCGGCACCUUCAUCACCUCUCUCAACGGUAUGGGUUUCUCGGCCUCAAUACUCAAGUUGGAAGAUACUGGACUUGGGCCUGGAAAAUCGAUGCUCGAAUUGCUCGAUGCACCAGCAGAGGCUCUGGGCUGGUCCGCACCCAUCAACACCGAGACAUGGAAUGCGAAGAACGAUUCCACGAUGGAACACGAAGCGGACAGCUCCAGAGAUCUCAAAGCCAGUAAUUUGUCGAUUGACCCUAAGCGCACCUUGUCCGUACUGAAAGCAGGCCUUGACAAAAUGAUCGCUGCUGAGCCAGAAGUCACCCGGUUCGAUACUAUCGUGGGUGAUGGAGACUGCGGCACUGGUCUGAAACGAGGAGCCGAAGAAGUCUUGACGGCGCUCUCAUCAGGGGAACUGCCUAGCGAUGCAGUCUCGUUUGUCAAUAAGAUUGUGCCCGUGGUCGAACACCACAUGGACGGCACGAGUGGAGCGCUAUUUUCGAUUUACCUGAAUGCCUUGGUUCAUGGCCUUCGGGAGCAAGAUUCAGGCUCAACAAAACAAAUGGAUGCGAAGACAUGGGCCGCGGCCCUCAAGUCUGCACUGACAGCACUCGGCAAAUACACACCUGCCGUGCCUGGGGAUAGGACUGUUAUGGAUGCCCUGGUGCCUUUCGUGGAUACGUUAGCGAGCACCGGUGAUGUCAAGAAGGCAGCCCAGGUAGCAAGGGAAGGCGCCGAGAAGACCAAGACCAUGAAGGCAAGCUUAGGGCGAGCCGUAUAUGUUGGCGGAGAAAGCGAGUGGAUGGGCAAGAUCCCCGACCCUGGCGCCUGGGGAUUGUCAGAGAUGUUGGUGGGAUUGGCAGAUGCUUCAUGAAUAAUCAGCUCAGAUUAGGCAACAGUCAGCCUUUUGUGCACUUAAUCAGAUUUUGUAGGGUAUCACUCC